AUGAGGUGGAACUGGAUCACUCCGUUUGCCUAUGCGGCCCAUGUCUCCGCGCAUGGAGCCCACCACGCUGAAGGAAAGAGUUCGUUCUCUCAAGAGCGGCUAGACGAGCUUGAGAAGAAGUGGGGUACAGAUUGGGGCUUUUCCGGUAUCUCGACCUUUGCCCACCUGCCACACACUCGCUGCUUGACUACCCCCGAGACGACUUAUGAUAUCGCCAUCCUUGGUGCGCCCUUCGAUACCGCAGUAUCAUACCGACCUGGUGCUCGAUUCGGACCUCGAGCCAUUCGUGCUGGCUCUUCUCGCCAGACGUCGUUCCGUGGCUUCAAUCCACGCGCGGGGUUCAAUCCAUACACAUCAUGGGCCAAGAUUGUGGAUUGCGGAGAUAUACCAAUCACACCUUUUGACAAUGCCCUGGCACUGCGGCAGAUGAGUGAAGCUUUUCAGGAGCUGGCAAACAGGCCAUCGACCGAGAAGAGCACUGAGAGUGGGGUGUCAUACUUCAAGAAGCCCAAGCUGCUUACGUUUGGUGGAGACCACAGCAUUGCACUGCCGGCUUUGAGGGCAUUGAAGAACUUGUACAAGCAGCCAAUCGCUGUUGUACAUUUUGACGCCCACCUGGACACUUGGCACCCAGCAAAAUAUCCAAGUGCAUGGCUAGACCCCGAGGAUCUGUCCACGCAAUCCUUCUUCAACCACGGCAGCAUGUUUUGGUACGCUGCGACCGAGGGUUUGAUCGCAAACGGCUCGAGUGUGCAUGCGGGUCUCAGGACGCGACUGUCAGGCGACGACGAUGCCGACCACGUCGACGAUUCACAGCAAGGUUGGCAACGCAUUGCCACUGAUGAUAUUGACGAUAUUGGAGUCAAGGGAGUGAUUGCAUCCAUCAUGGACCGUGUCGGCACUGAGAUGCCCGUCUACCUCAGUAUUGACAUUGAUGUGAUUGACCCCGGGCUAGCGCCAGGCACGGGUACUCCGGAGCCUGGUGGCUGGACCACUCGGGAAGUGAUUCGAAUUCUGCGAGGUAUCCAGGAUAUGAACGUGGUUGGGGCAGACAUUGUUGAAGUCAGUCCUGCAUAUGACGGCUCGGCGGAGACGACGGGCUUAGUUGCAGCACAGGUUGCUUACGAGGUAUUGACGAACAUGGUCCACAAAGGUCUUGUUGAACAAGCGAAGACAGGUGCAGCUUCCAAGGACAAGGACGAGCUAUGA